AUGAUGGAUAUAAAAGCCAUAGAAGUCCUCUACAGACAUUGGACUUUGAUUCUUGUCUAUCAAGUACUCUGUCACGCAAGAUUCGUAUUUAGUGAUUCCACACCUUAUAUUCAAUACAGGUCCGGUAAGGGGUUUUCUCCAACGCACACACCUACGAUCGAGUGGCCAAAGCCUGCACAAAUCUUUACAGUCCUGAAAAAACCCUAUUUCACCCCUGGACCUCUAACAAAUAGCAGCGUGGCACAGGGCCUGGUUAGUUCAUUCUGUUCCAGAGAAGAGCCGAACAAUAUAGAGUCAAGUAAAGAAACGCUGAUCAGGGAUGAAAUUAGCUGCGAAUCACCAUAUGAGACACUAAGACGAGAAAGCAAGAAUAUCUCCCGAGAGCAGUAUCACUCGAUUCCCACCCCGAUCUCUCCAUUAGGGAAACCCCCAUACCUGGUACCUCCCUGUAGGAGGCUAUUUCCGGCGCUUGCUGUCAAUUCUAAGAAGAAGAAAAUUAUUAUCGAGUUUCCAUCAUCGUCCUUUCGGCAUAUCGUCGUUAAAAGUCUAAUCCCGUCGGCUCCUGUCACUCGUUUCCAAUUAUCUGCAUCCAACUUGCCUCUCAUUCUAAGAAACAAUUGCUCAAGCACUAAGUUUGAGAAUAGCACACCACAUUCGCUUUAUCGUUGA